AUGAUGUCAAUUGAUAUUUCCAUCAUUCAUUUCUUCUUUCUUUCUUUCUUUAUUUUUUCUUUCUUUCUUUCUUUCUUUCUUUCUUUUUCUUUCUUUCUUUACUUCCUUCCUUCCUUUCUUUCGGCCUUUCUUUCUUUCAGUCUUUCUUUCUUUCUUUUCUUUCUUUCUUUCUUUCGGCCUUUCUUUCAGUCUUUCUUUCUUUCUUUUUUUCUUUCUUUCAGCUUUUCUUUAUUUCGGUCUUUCUUUCUUCCGACCUUCCUUUCUUUCUUUGUCCUGACCUUUCUCUCUUUCAGUCUUUCUUUCUUCCAUGGUCUUUUUCUUUCUUUCUUUCUUUCUUUCUUUCUUUCUUUCUUUCUUUCUUUCUUUCUUUCUUUCCUUUUUUCUUGGUUCUUAAUUAUUAACCUCAUCUAUCUAUCUAUCUAUCUAUCUAUCUAUCUAUCUAUCUGUCUGUUUACCUGUCUGUCACUAAAUUCUCAUCUUCAUCUUUCUUCGUUUUCUCUCCCUUAUUCCUACGACAUUCCUUCUCAGCCUUGUACCUCGCGACUUGUGUUUUCUCUUUCUUUUUUUUUUUUCGUCUGCUUUCCUCUUCUCGAUUCAUUUCGUUCGAUUCCGCCCGCAAAGAGUAACGCCCCCCCCCGACACUCAGACUUUAACUUCUCACUACUAGACCAAAAAAGAAAGAAAGAAAGAGACUAA